GGAAGUGUUUUAUGCGCAGCUGCAGCUAGCAGUGGCUAAUAGUCUACAGCAGCAUCUUGAAGCUCUGAACAGACAGACAACCAGACAUACAGACAGGUAAGAAUGUGCACACCUGAUCAGAGCCUCUUCUUUCUCUAACGGACAUGAACGAAGCAGCAGCAGGAGGAAUAGAUUACUGACAGAACAAGCAGAGAGGGAGAACAUGCUGUGACGGUAGUGAGUUGGUUUUACCCAGGACUGCUAAAUUCAAGCAAAAACUCAAAACUCUGGUUACUUUUAUUCAAACUGAGAUCGACGUUAUCCAGUAUUGUUACUCAUGACUCAAUGUCUGCAUUACAGACUUUCACAGAAGUUUAAAUCUUCUUUAGAAAAUCAAUGACAUGAACUUGUAUAAGAAGUGCUAAUGUUGUUUGAUCAGAAAUACAGGCCUGCCCUUUAAGAAUAUCAAUAGACAAUACCAACCGAAGAAGAACCAUGGGACAGUAGACUGAUGUUAAUAUUUAGCCCUGCAGACAGAGAGAGAGAGAGAGAGGCUCAUUUCACGACUCUCUCCUCCUUCUGCUCCCCUUUCUCCUCCUCCUCCUCUUCCCACUCUUUGUGUACACAUUGAAGCUGCCAUCGUGGGCUCAUAUUGAUUGCCUCCUCCUCUUCACACAUUGUCAAACCUUUAUUUUGAAGCCCAAGUGAUUUUCUGUGUACAUAGUCAUGGUGUCGAUCAGCUGCGUUGUCAUUGUCAAUGAGGAACGUCCCUUACAUCUGUGAAUAGCGUGAAUGUGGAGAAAUAAAUGUGUCUGUGACUUAAUCAUGUGAUUGAUAAAUUUGGUUAAGAAAAAAACACGAUUAGGUGAGGGUUUAUUUUUCAUUAAGCUGCCAUUCUGACUGUUGAGUCAGAUAGUUAAUUCUGGAUCCAGCACACAUAUGUAGAUUGAUCAUGUAGAAGAAAAAAUACAAUAUUUCAACUUCAUGUUAUUUUGAUUAAUCCGAAUGAAAGUUUGUCCAAACCGUGUUCAGCGGCCUUUUCUGUACCAGCACAAUGUGCCUGUGGACCAGCUUUUAUUUAACACCUAAGGAGCUGUGUUUGAGUCUCAGCAGAUAUGAGGAACAUUUAUGAUCAUUCAGUGGAGAAAGAAAGAGUGAAAGAAAAGAUGUAUAUGUAUUUGACAGACUGUUGAUCUGCUACAGUCUACAGAAACUUACUGCUGCUGCUGAGGGACAAACAACAACAGAGGGAGUGACGCUGUAAUAACUCUAAUUACUGUUUUCAUUAAUCUGAUGGGUCUCCCCCCUCCCGCCUCCCCCUCUAUCUCAGUGUGUCUGUGGAUGGAAGUGUGCAGCUCAGCCAUGGGGCCGGAGAGAGUCUUACCAAACUCCGAGGACGAGCUGGGGGAGGACGAGCAUCCAGCUGACGGAGUGCUGCUGCCUGUGUGGAGCGGGGGGGAGGCAGGAGAAGAGGGUGAGGAGGGUGGUGGAGAGAUGGAUCUGGAUGGAGAAGAGGAAGAGGAGGAGGAGGAGGUGAACAAUGGAGGAUAUUAUUACCAGCCUCUAAACCAGGAGCCCGAUGGGGUUCAAAACAGCGAGCAGCUCGGGGAGGACGCCGAGGAGAGGGGGGAGGAGGGGGCUGCCUCCCACACAGAACAGAUGCAGCAGGUGCAGCAGAGGAUAGAGGUGAGUUCAGUCUGAAGCUGUUAAUACUCUAACAGUUUGAUCCACUCCUCUGUGUUUCUGUGGUUUGAUCUACCUGCUCAUAAGUUUUUGGGUUUCCUCCUCCAGGUACAAUCACCUGUCUCACCUGUUAGGCUGUAUUGGCUGAGUGAGAUCGUGUUGGUUCGUUCCACUUCAGUGGGGCAACAUAAACUGUGAUUCAUAAAAUAGCUCUAUUGAUAGUAAGUACGAAAAAAAAAUAUCUACUCAUGCUAUCCUGUCGAUUUUUAGUAAUCAGUGUUUCGGUGUCGAACUGUUUCCUUUCUGCGGCGUAGUGAUACUUGCACACGCGCAAUGGAAUAUGCAGAGGGUGGAGCGAUUUUUGUCACCUGGACCAAUAGGAGCCGAGUCUCGUUGCCAUAGUAUCAGAAAUACACAAACAUGUGCUGCGUCCGAACUGCCCGCUCGGAUACUACAUGCUACUGCUACGUGCUACUGCUAGAUCCUACUCCUACAUACUAAAAACGUUGGCCCAAUUCGGACACACUAGACGAGCGGUGGGGAAAGACGACCCCCGCAGGCAGAGAGUAGGUACUGCGCCCGUGCAGACAGUGGUAACUGAAGCCCCUCAUCUGCGGGCCUGGCUGUAGUACUGCAGCUGUGCAGUUUAAUGAUGGAAUAAGUGAGCUUUACCUCCAUGAUGUCGCCACUUGCUCAUAAAAUGAUUACUUGGGCAAAUAUGACACCAUGACAUGACAAAGAGAUACAACCGCACAUUUUUUAGGACAGUGUGUGAAGUUACAUGAAACUUACAUCUGUACUGCUGCGGUCCCGCCUGCUGUUGCUGCUCCGACAUGGUGCGCGCUGCUGUGGCCAGCCGGCGUUCGCGACACAUUUAAAUAGGCAGAGCAGCUGGUGGCGCUAGCAUCACAUGCGCUUCUACAACUUUUAAGAGGACGAAGAAGAAGCCCGCGGUGCAUUUUGGGUCAGUAGCAUGCCCGUAGGAUGCACCGAGACCAACCUACAAUGUGGGCGUGUCUAGCAUCUGAAGUAGUAUCUGAAGUAGCAUGCUACUCGCUCCGGUGGCCAAUUCGGACAUGCUAGAUACUACUUCGACUACUACUUCGACUACUACUUGGCAAUUCGGACGCAGCUAUGGUGACGAGCGCAUCUAGCAGCGAGACAAGCAAAGAGGAAGAAAAGAAAAGGAAACAGCCUUCAAAAGUGCAUAAAAAAGGAAUAAAACAAUGCUAUAUGCAUCUAUCAUCUGUCCAGAGUGAAGACAUUCUCGACUUUACAAGGACACGUUGGGAAACUUACAGAACUAGUAUUAGAAAGUGGCUUUCUCUACAGGGUGAGACAAAAGACCAGCCAGAAAUGUACAUAUAUGUGAGUAACACAAAAACGAUUAUAUGGUGCUGCUGUUUUUGCUUGUAGAAACUGCUAUGUUGAUUCUAGCAAGACAGAAUCUUUCUCAAAUGUCAUAAAUACAUCUACCUAACAUCUGAAAGAGUUAUUGGUGCCUUAGUAUACGCAUAAGUGAAUUCAGAUUAUGAAAUGUAGCAAAUUUCUUGAAGAAAACGUCUCAACUCAAGUGAUUUGCACCCAGCACAAUGAAAUAUAUACAGUAAAUUUAGCUAAAAGCUUAUGUUUCAUACAUAAAAAUGACACAUCCUACUGUAUAAUAAAAGCAGUAAAUUAUAAACAGCACAUCAUGGCCAUAAAUAGCUGAAAGUCAAUCAAAUUGCUACCACGCCCCCCAAAAUUGGAAUAAUGGAAAAAAAUGUAACAAGACAAAAAUAAAUGCACAAAAGGUCUGAAUUAAUUCAAAAUAUGGUAAAAAAAACAUUUAUUCAAGUAUCACAGUGUCAAAACAUCUGACACUUAUCAGUCCCUUCAGAAUAUGAAAAUAAAGAUCAAAACACAAACGCAGACAAAUGUAGAACAAAUAUAAAAAUAAUAAAAAUCUCAAAUCUUGGUGUAGCAAUCCUUUAAACAAAACAAAUUGUACAUGGUGACAUGGUGCGUAUAUUACGCAUCGCUAUCUCUUUCAUCAGAGUCAUCAUCCCAUACAGCUCUUUCUUCUGUUUCCUUUGAAGCAUUCUCACAUGCUUGGCGUGUGAAGGGGCACACAUUUUACCAGUCAGAGAAUGUUUCAUCACAGCUGCUUGGUAGUUUGCUCUCAUGCAGUGUUGGUACAGGGCGUCACUUGUUGGGGGAAUGGACAGUUCAAAGCUGACGAGGCCAUGCAGAAAGAUUUGUAUCUGGCAUCAUUUACAUUUUUGGCAGAUGACUGGCCAUACAGUCUUAACACAUGCGUGUUAAAGGUGUUCGUCAAGGUUAAAACUGUUGCCCAGAUUUGCAAACCCAGUCAGGUAUUCUUCUUUCUGACAAGCAACAGAAAAUGUUUUUCUUUUGCCCUUGCCAUGAAAUGCACUGGUCGAGUCACAACCUGUGAAUGUAUGGAUGUUCUUGUAUGUCUGCAAGACUAUCUUGUACAGAUUUAUGUCGGUGCCAAGCAUGUGAGAAUGCUUCAAAGGAAACAGAAGAAAGAGCUGUAUGGGAUGAUGACUCUGAUUAAAGUGAUAGUGAUGCGUAAUAUAUGCACCAUGUCACCAUGUACAAUUUGUUUUGUUUAAAGGAUUGCUACACAGAGAUUUGAGAUUUUUAUUAUUUUUAUAUCUGUUCUACAUUUGUCUGCGUUUGUGUUUUGAUCUUUAUUUUCAUAUUCUGGAGGGAUUGAUAAAUGUCAGAUGUUUUGACACUGUGAACUUGAAUAAAUGUUUUAUACCAUAUUUUGAAUUAAUUCAGACCUUUUGUGCAUUUAUUUUUGUCUUGUUACAUUUUUUCCAUUAUUCCAAUUUUGGGGGACGUGGUAGCAAUUUGAUUGACUUUCAGCCAUUUAUGGCCAUGAUGUGCUGUUUAUAAUUUAUUGCUUUUAUUACACAGUAGGUUGUGUCAUUUUUAUGUAUGAAACAUAAGCUUUUAGCUAAAUUUACUGUAUAUAUUUCAUUGUGCUGUCUUGCCAGAAUCAGCAUAGCAGUUUCUACAAGCAAAAACAGCAGCACCAUAUAAUUGUUUUUGUGUUACUCACAUAUAUGUACAUUUCUGGCUGGUCUUUUGUCUCACCCUGUAGAGAAAGCCACUUUCUAAUACUAGUUCUGUAAGUUUCCCAACGUGUCCUUGUAAAGUCGAGAACGUCUUCACUCUGGACAGAUGAUAGAUGCAUAUAGCAUUGUUUUAUUCCUUUUUUAUGCACUUUUGAAGGCUGUUUCCUCUUCUUUUCUUCCUCUUUGCUUGUCUCGCUGCUAGAUGCGCUCGUCACCAUGUUUGUGUAUUUCUGAUACUAUGGCAACGAGACUCGGCUCCUAUUGGUCCAGGUGACAAAAAUCGCUCCACCCUCUGCAUAUUCCAUUGCGCAUGUGCAAGUAUCACUACGCCGCAGAAAGGAAACAGUUCGACACCGAAACACUGAUUACUAAAAAUCGACAGGAUAGCAUGAGUAGAUUUUUUUUUUUCGUACUUACUAUCAAUAGAGCUAUUUUAUGAAUCACAGUUUAUGUUGCCCCACUGAAGUGGAACGAGAUUCACUUUCUAGGCACUUUUUCCUCUGUCCCAAUACAGCCUAUGUGUGUCUCUCUGCUGCAGGUAAUGGGGCUCCACCUCCCUGAAGCUCCACCUCUAGACAGCGAUGAGGAGGAGGACCCUGAGGGUGCAGCGGCCCAGAGGAGCAGAGCCUCCAUACCCAUGGAUGCAGGUCAGAUCUCCAUUAUGUUCCCUACCCUCAUUUGGGUCACAAAUCAAACUUGAAGGGAUUUGUCUAUCUCUUCCAUCUGGACCCUCAUAUUAACCAUGUCAGCGCUCGUAUCCUGAUGUUAAAGCUUCCUGUAUCUCCCUGCAGACCACGUUGAGCUGGUGAAGAGAACAAUGGCGGCCAUCGCACUACCAUCUCUGGGUGUGCCAGCAUGGGCCAGAGAGAUCUCAGAUGACCAGUGGACAGACAUGGUCCAGACCACGCUGCAGAGCCGUCAGAGUGCUGCUGCCCUGCGUCUCAGCCGCAGGAGCAACAUCAACUGACCUUGAAUGCACCACAACCCCUCUGCAUCCCUUAUUAACAAAAAAGGAUCAAACAAGAGACCCUGAACGCCCCACAACCAUCUGAAACCCCUCUAUGUCCCAGAUUUAACAACAAGGCUUAACUGCAACAUCUGCUGACUUUUAAUGCAUCACUACAGUUAAGCAGAAUUACCCGUCCUUUUAUAGGCCCUUGAUUGCACCACUACAGCUUUAACUGUCUUAAUUUGCAAAAUGCUGCUCAGAGACGCUGAUGGUGGGGAAAAGUGGAUGAAAGUGACUUUCUGAAAUGAAGUGAUGACUUGAGAUAGUCUGAUCUUUUUGUCCUGAUAACCUGCUGAGUCUGCAGAUUAUUAUUUCUUUUAGAUUGAUUAAAAAAAACCUGGGAAAGGGAAUCCGUCAGUUUUCUGUCAGCAGGACAUGGUAGCCCUUUGGCUGAUUUUUAUUUUUAUUUAUUUACAUUUAAUACCACACAAAAUUUUGCAAACUUGUCAUUAGGUUUAGUCAGAGUUAAAGUUUAGUGCCUGAAAAUUAAGUUACCCUCCAAGGGAAACACAUUUAAACAGCAUUAACUUCCUUCAACAGCAGUUUUACUGUCAAUAAAAUACAUAGUUUGGUUUUCAAUCUGCAGAGCCCCAGAAUUAAAAACGGUCUGUUUGAACAGAUGUGCACUGAGGUUCCAGGUGAGAAAAGGGUCCAGAACAGUGAAUCCAAAUGAAUGAAAAACCUUACCUGUUUUUAGUGACUGGCCUGUCUGUAAACUUCUGCCGUGCCAAUCUCCACUGUGGUUUAUCUGAGUGUGAGGGAGGAGGGUUUUAGAAUAGAGAGACUGUUAUCUUAACAUUUGAAUUAGCUGAUGUGAAUGAGUCAGUGAAUCAAUGAUGGUGACGUUUUCACAGCUAAGGACUGUUUUCAAGGCCCUGUGGGGACCAUUUGUUCUGUGAUUUUGGCGCCCCCUGGGGACCGAGCUGCGCAUCUCUAACUCAGCUGAUCUUUUAGCAAUGAAAACACACUGACCAGCCAAUGUACAAGGGGAAAUAAAACCAACAGGAGCCGAAACACAUGACCAAAAUAAAUGAGCACCUGAGUCAAGAAAGCUUAUUGGAAACUGGAUAAAGGAACAGUUCAACAGUUUGAAAAUACUGUAUUAAAGUAUAAAAGUAGGCUUAUGUACUGUGUCUAUGUGUAAUGCAAUUUUUCUCACAUUGUUAUUAAAUGCAGUUUAAAGUGAUCACUCACAAAGCCAUUAAUUAUUCAGAUCAGAUUCUUCUAAUUGCUUGACAGCACCCGUUUUAAAAGGGUCCUCAAAAACAAGGAUUCACUCUUACUCACAACAGUUCUUUACAGAUGAUAGUGUAUCAUGAUAGGCAUCAUAUCGUGAGGCUGUAGGAAAUGUCAGUAGGGUGCUUAAAUGUGUUCUACUGAAAAGGUGUCAGUAUUACACACCUUAAUUUCUGCUGAUGAGCUGCUACAACAGCCAGAGUUUCAGUCUGACAUCAGCCACUCACAAAGUUUCAGAAAUUAAAAACUACAGACAUAAAGACAUUCCAUAACCCUAACCAUAAAAAAACCCUUGAAAGAACAUUUUUAAAAUCCUUUUAAAAGUAAAAAAAAAUCACAGUUAUCUACCCCUGAUGAAUUUCCCUCUGGGGAUCAGUAAAUUUUUUCUUCUUCUAGAUUUUGGCCCUCAGGGGAGAGCUCACAAACUUUUUAUCACCUGGUUGAGAAACAAACCUGAAUUUAUACAGACAUUCUUUUACAACCUGACAAAGCAAUGGAGGCCAGAACAAGAGGAGAGACUGUCUCUUAAUCUUGAAUGUCUGAAAGAAUAAACGCCGAUUUCCACCAGUUUAAAAAAGAAAAGGAAAGAGGAAGACAUGAACUCUAAAAAAAAAAAAACAAGUAAAGGUUAUAACAAUGAGAUACAAGGUCAGAUUGAGAAGGGAAGUCAAAGGUACAACAUACCUGAUAGUCAUGAGUUAUAAGGCAAAUGUAUUAUGAGAUAGGACAAUUUUUCUCCUGUGUUCAAAUUUGACUCAAACUUUGAAUUCUUAUCUCACAGUUGUGACUUUUAACCCACGAGUGUAACUUUUAUUCCAUAUUUGCAACAUUUUGUUUCAUAAUUUUGAGUUUUUGUCUCGGUUUGAUCAACCUUGCUGUAAUCAAGACUUUCUGGUGCAUAAUUUUUGUCUUAAAUAUCAUAAGUGACUUACUAUCUUAUAUAUUGGACUUUUAUCUGUUAACAGACUUUUCCCCAGACUAUUUUUCCUCAUCAUUUUGAAAUUUAUUCCCAUAAAUUGAAUUGCAUCAGCUCUAAGGUUUAUUUUAAUUCUAUUCAAUCUACUGUCACAUGAAUCUAAAUGGACAGGUGAACAGAUGAAAUGAUCAGGGGCUCGUCAGUUUUCUGAGAAGAACUUUAUUUCUUCUGUUAAUAUAUCAGUGUAAAUAUAAUUGAGCAGACUGGGUCACUGUGGUAGGGAAGUUAUAGAUAUUAUUCAUUGAGGGCCUUGACUUUUCACCCUCUCUCCUCCUCUGUGUCAGUUGACAUGAUUUCUGACUGGACUUAUAAGACUUCUGUCAGUGUGAAUCUGAUUGGUUUUCUUUUCCUGUUCAUGUUUAUAAGCCGAAAUAUAGAUCCAUAAAAGAAUGAAAGCUGAUUAAACCCCAGUGUUUAUCUGUGUAAAAACUGAAAUAGUUCCACCUGAAAGCUUUUGUUAAGUUCUGUGUUUGAUUCUGAUUGAUUUUGUGUGUGUAUAUAUAAAUCACAAGAUGUCUGGUUGUCAAACAUGUCCUCUUUAUUUUUUCUGUUGAUUUGCUUCUGUACAUACAUCAGCAUCUGUACAAAAUCUGACUUUCAUACUAUGUAAUGCUCUAACUAAAUAAAGUACAACAUAUGUACAAGAUGACGGAAGCAGCGUUCAGGUGUUCGUGUCAAGACUCGAGUGAAGAGAUCACUGCUGUGUUUCAAACAGUUCACUUUUAGUCCAACCUCUCCUGAUCAGAGAUCCUUACAGCACGUAGGAAAAUAGAUUUAUUAUAAUCUGAAUGUUUCUUAGCGUCUCCAUCCUCUUGGUUUCCAGGGAUUGUUUAAGGUACUGUUCUGAUAUAUCAAACGGGUCAGCUUGUAGUUUUAGGGCUCAGGUUUAUUGGGAGAGAGCAACAGAAAACUCAACUCCAUCUGCAGCUGAGAAACACAAAAUUCUGUAAAACCGAAGUAAAAUCUACCGAGCCCCUCAAACCCCAGAAGGUCAGGUUUUUUUCCUUGUGCACAGAAGAUGACGUGUUACCACAAGAUAACUCAUGCACACAGGAUAAUUCUGUGCCCAAGUUCUUUCUCGGGCACACAAUGUAAAAAAGUGACUUUAUGGGAGUUAAGGUGCUCCACGAAAAACAGAGUAUCAUCUGUGUGAAAGCACCUUUAAGGCUCAUUUAUGCUCGUGUUCUUUUCAUCCAUAUGUCUGUACAUUUAUGGAUACGGGCCAGACGGAGCAGUACCACCGGAAACCAUGAGGGCAGUGUUGUCUGUCACUACCCAAUACGCAUCUCUAGAGAGAAAUGAAGAAGACAGUGGUGGGCAUUUAGUGGCCUGACCGACCACCGCCUCCUCCAAUGCUACCUCCGUUUCUGUCUUCAAUGUAUAAUGUACGUUAUCACUAGCUCCUCCAUAGUUGCCAUGUUUCUUUUAGUUUUUUGUUGUCAGAAACUUUUGACUCCGGCCUGCCCCCUGGUGGAUGUAAUGGGUUACAUCCAUGCCAAUGUAAACGAUGCAUAGAAGUAUGUGGGUAGUGACGGAACCAGCGUUUGAAAUGGACGCGUACAUUUUCAUAUGUGUGGCGGGCAUAAAUGAGCCUAAAGUCUGUCAUGAAGGGAGACACAGGCUCAAAUGACCGGAGGGACACCAGAAUAUAUCAACAAUGAUAAAGAUAGUUAAAAUUUUUACUGUGAUCACAAUAACUCACCAUUUUAAAAUAAAGGUGUUACAUUUCUAUAAAAUACUUGGAACAUGAAGGGAAAAAAAAUGCCUUUUGCAAAACAGCCAAAAUAGACGACAUACGGUUUUGGGGUGGCCAAUUAGACUCAAAGUGGGGCACCGACCACCUUUGCCACUCUUGCAUUCGCCCCUGCAGCCCCCCUUGGAUUACCUGAGCCCAUCAGGCUCAAUGCACACACUACCACACAUUCAGAGGUACAAGUUCUGCAGCAUUAUGAAUACAAACACAGCGACAGUCAGCUAUGUUUGCAAUUUGAAAAACCAGACACAAAAUAGAUCUUGACAAUACCCCGAAUUAAGCACAUCAGGGGAUCAAACUCCAUUAAAAAGCAUAAACCAGGACUUGACGAGCUGUGACCAGCUUGACAAGUGAUCAGAAGCUCAGUUACCAGCUGGGCAGUUUAUUCGAGUUAAUAUUGAUGCAGCACAGAUGUUUCGUAACCAGGAUCUGUGAGUUAAUGAGGCCCAUAGGUUGUGAAUGUUACGAGAUCCUUCAGUCUGCGGUGUGUUUCUUAUACUUCACUGAUAACACACAGAACUGCAUGGAAGUAUCAGGCUUCACCUCAGGGAACAAGGCUCUGAGUACGUUUAUUUAUGAAGCCGUAGGGCUGAAUAUGCAGAGGUAAAUAAUAAUCAUGGUGAGACUUUAAAUUACAUAAACAUGUUUAUGUUGGCAGUCUUUAGCUAAUGAAAACACUGAGCGUGACAAAAACCUUUACUCGUGAUAUUUCAGAUGUUAAUGAAAUGCCACUGAGUUACUGUGUCAGAGGCCCCACAAUAAGUCAAGAAGGAUAGACGAAAUGACACUUCCGCCUCCUGGUGGCCAAACUGUAACUAGAAAAGCUGGACUUGUUUAAUUCACACAUCAGUGAACAAAAAACUGAUGGGUCCUGAUCUGAGCAUGACCAUUAGAAACUGCUCCAAAUAACAAAAUAAUAACACUGGAUGAAGAUGUUCUGAUGUCAGUCAGGGAUAAAAAAAUGCUUUAUUUAUCUGUGUUCACACUAGAGGGUUGUUGCACAAAAGCAGAAUUCAGAAUCCCAGAUGACUGAAAAAACCUAGAUUGGACCGAGUGUGCGAUGCAAUUACUGCAAAGUUUUUCUAUCCAGGUACUCAUCCUAAAGAAGCGGGGCCAGUGAGGUGGGUGGAACUACACCAUUGCUGACACUGGUCUUAAAUAUAAAGUGAAACAGCCAGUAAAAAAAAGACACAAACAGCCCAAAACAUAAGGACAGAAAUUCAACAUUACAGCGGGCGUGGUCUGUCAGACCAAAAAGAGUUUAAAAACUUUUGCUGAGAAUCUUGCGGGUCAUCAUUUUUGCUGAGCCAACCAUCCCUUCCUGUAUUUUUUUUUUACUUGGGUGACUUGCAUGAUCACGUUUCCUUCUCUUGUACUGGAGCUACCCUGUUUUUACUGAAACAGUAUAACUUUGAUCAAAAUGUGAGUAGGCCUGUCAUGAUAACAAAUUUUGCUGGACGAUAAUUGUGCUACAAAUUAUUGCCGAUAAACGAUAUUAUUGACACCGUUUUUUAAAUUAUAGAUAAUGAUAAUAUAUGGCAUAAUAAUGCGAGUACACCAUGUCAAAAGCAAUAAACUUUAAUUGCUCAAGAUUAAGAACUUUGAACUAAGAUGAACAAAUAUAAUAAUAAUAUAUGGUGGUAUAUGGUAUAAUAUAAUAAACAGACCUUGUCUCUGGUACGGAACAAAAACUUCACUCCACACAAAACUAUUAAAACAAUAAAUAAAGUGGAGUCUCGAGUCUGUAAACAAAAUUGCACUAAAUAAUUAGCUUUGGGUGCUAUUCCUCAACAGGUCAACAAAGAACAUGCAUGCGCAUGAGUGAGACCUCUUCUCUCAUCCAGCGUGUUUGGUAGCGAGAGAGGAGGAAAACAAACGCACAUUAAUGAUCGAGGCUGGCAAAGUUAUCGACCUCGUUUUUAUUUACUGAGCGAUUAGGCAAUUUAUUGAUUAUCGCAACAGGCCUAAAUGUGAGGCUUAUCCCUUUCCCAGCAGAGAGCUGAAAAAUGGCAGGAUUACAGGAACUAAAUCCACCAAUCAACUAAAUCCACCAUACAGCAUCAAUAUCUGUAAAACUAUACUGUAUUUACUUCCAUAAAAAAUGGUCCUGUUUUCUGAUAAUAAAAGAAGCCAAUUAUUUUAAAAUUACUGGAGAAGUUCUCGUGAAAAAAGAAAUUCUUCACUGCUUUCCUGAAUCUUUCAGAUACAAAGCCUCAGGUGCACUACCCAGUACUUUAAGCUUUUGUCAAAUCAGCUCUGAAGUCACCAGGUAACCAGUGUGGAUGUGUUUCAGAUACAUCAUGAUGAAACUGCCAUACGGCCAUUGAAAAACCAGGAUUCAAUAAACCGGAUCAGCUCACUGCUCGGUGCAUGUUCGCUUCCUCAGUCACCUCAGUGUCAAUCCCUUCAGUAAUUCAAAUAUACUCCUGCAAAUAUCAAAUAUAUGAUGUUUGAUUUUAACACCUGUGAGGGUCUUUCAGUCUGAGUGGGUUUUGGUACCCCAAUAGACUAAGCUUGUAGCCACUGAUAAUCCAGAUCUGGUAAUCUUUUAACUCCAUAUGUGGAUCUGAUUGUUUAAAUGCAGUUUCCUUUAAAAAAACAGGACUAUUUCAGCACAUGGUGUGAUGUCAACUGUUGCUGAGUCAAUGUGGGUAGAAGUGGGUCUGUUGUGCUGACACAGCGAAACAUUCAGGUCAGGAGCUUUUUUUCAGUUUGCAUAAUUUCCCUCUGCUCCUUAACCUUAAUGACAGGUUGACCUUUAACCCAAGUGAGAUGGCUACACAUUGAACAUUCAUAUUGAAGAUUUUUUGAUUUUAAGCAACACAACAAAACCACUGAUGUAGUUUCUGACAGAAAACAAUUCCUUGUGCAAACUACAUUCCGCCUUGGUUUAAAUAUAAUGUAGCUAUGAUGACAUCAUAGAACAGUAAAAAAAAAAAAAAGAAAGAAAAAAAAACGGAGAAUAAAUCCUUCUGGAGUCAACUCCGGUUCUGUCAGGUCCCGUUGCUUCUGCCUACAUUCACGUGUCUCUGCGUCAUCAUCAGUCCGUCCAAAGCUGCUUCAGUCUCCAGUCCACCUCAGGUCCAUGCCAACAGGUGAUUUGUCAGUACAAGUGGAGGGGCAGGUCUUUAGAGUGAGGAGGACCGAGCAAGGCAGUCAACUAACACGUGGUGCAUUCAGGUGUCAUUGUACAGACGUGAUGUGUAGAAGAUUUUUUUUCCCACUGCAGUAGAGAGGGCAUCACAAGACCACAAGACAUGAUCUAUGAGGGUUCUCAUAGAUGUGGUCCAAAAGGGCUCUGGACUCUGCUGUGGAAUCUAAGAAGGCUCUGGAUUCUAAUCUGAGCUCAAUGAGGAAUCAGAAGCUUGUAUUGUAAUCAAUGAGGUUUCGGGGUUUUGGAUUCUACAUUGUGAUCCAUGAGGGUUCUAAAAUCUGCUUUGUGGUCCAUGAGGAUACUUGAUUUUGCAUUGCCUUUCACUAAGGUUCUAGUGGGAUCCAUGUGGGUUCUUGGCCUUGUGUGAAGUGUUCCAAAAGAAUACUGGAUUUUAGGCAGUCAGGAAGUUCUGGAUUAGGUAGUAUGAUCCAUGAAGAUUCUGGAUCCUGCAGAGGAAUCUGAGGAGGUUCUGUAUUACGGGUUGUGAUUUAUGAAGGUUCUGGAUCCUUACAUAUGCUCCAUGAGGGUUCUGAAAUCCACUUUGUUAUCUGUGAGAGUUCUGGAUUUUGCAGUGUGAUCCAUGAAGGGUCUUGGCUUUGGGUUGUGAUCAAAACUGGUUUGAGAUUUUGCAGGUGGAUCCAGGGCUUUUAGUUCUGCAGUGAGUACCAUGGGGGUUCUGGAUUCUGCAGAAUCAUUUGGGUUCUAGACUCUGCAUUGGAUCGAUGACGGUUUUAGAUUGUGCCUUAUAAUCCAUGACGGUCUAGCCUCUUCUUUUGGAUCAAUGAGGGUUUUGGAUUCUGCCAUGUUAUUCAAAAAGGUUCUAAGAUCUGCUUUAUGAUCAAUUAGAGUUCUGGAAUUUUCAGGUGGAUUCAAGAGGGUACUUGAUUCUGGGUUGGGAUCCAAAAGGGUUCAAGGACCUGCUAUAGAAUCAAUGACAGUUUUCAAGUGGAAUCCAUGUAGGUUCUUGAUUGUUUGUUGUGAUCCAUCAGAGUUCUGGAUUAUCAACUGUAACUUAAUAGGGUUCUAAAUUUUGCAAGUGGAUUCAUGGAACCAACAAAGGGACCCAUAAAAGUUGUGGAUUCUGCAGUGGUAACCUUAGGAUUUCUAAAGAGCCUUCAGUGUGGCCGCCCCUCCUCUCUGGAACUCUCUCCCCUCUGAGAUUCGCCAAGCACAGACUCUUGACUCUUUCAAGUCUGCUCUGAAGCGACACUUAUUUAUCCAGGCUUUUGGUAUUUAGUUUUUGUAGUGUGUUGUUAAGCGCCUUGGGUAUCCUGAAAGGCGCUAUAUAAAUGUAAGAUAUUAUUAUUAUUAUUAUUAAAUCCUGCUGAGGGAGCCAUAGUGGUUCUGGUAUUUCUAUUGUGAUCAAUGAGGGUUCUGGAAUGUACUGUGGAAUCCAUGAAGACUUCAGAUUUGGUGUCUUGGGACUACUUUUUGUUACAUGAAAACAUAGGCUGGUCGCUGGAGAGAUAGUCCACCGUUUCAGGUCUAUGUAAUCUGUUGGGCUCUUAAAACAGAACAAUCAGCUGUUUCUGCUACAGGAGGACUGGACCAGGAUCAAACAUCUAAACACUAGUCCUGGACAGAGGCUAAAACAGAAUGAAAGGUAAAUUGUCAAAUUCAGACCCAUUGUGGACACAAAGCAGACUCAGAACCAGAUCAUCUAUCAGUUUACAGUCACUGCAGCGGAAAAGGCCUUCUUGUGAUGCAGUCAGGGACCUCUGCGACUCUGUGGUCACAGAGCUGGUCCCAGCAGAGUUGGUUGAGAACAGACAGCAGCAGGUAUUUGCAGAUGAAAGUGUUGGAGGUGUUAGUGCAAUAUGAAGCUAAUGAUUUCAUCGUCACAUGAAACACUGAGACAGCACGUGGGACAGACGGAGCUUCUACAGUGCCCUACAUGUGAUUGGCCACCAGGGGUCAGAGGUGAGGAAGUCUGGUUUCUUUGUUUUCUUUUGAACGCAGCAUUGGCUCCGUCCUGAUCUGACCCCAGACCAGUUUCUUCACGACAGCUUCAACUUCCUCCCCAGAGAGACGCAAAGGAGGGGGGUGGGUUCAGGCUCGGAGGGGGCCGCCUCCC